AUGUGGCCAUUCACAUCAAAUGCCGAACCGUCCACCAGCAGCGAGCCCAUUCCCGAAUCUGCGUGCCCCGUUGACCACUCGACUCGAUCGGCCUGGGUCAAGGAAGCACAACAACCCGAAACGCGGGCGCAGACUGCACCUUCCCGACCACCACCAGCUCAGCAAUUGAGCACCGAACGAGAAGUGUCGUCGAUCCCUAGGUGGUUACCGAAUCAAAGCACUCCCUCCCCAUCGACACCGACACCAUCCCCCACCUCCUCGGAAGCGGACCCCACCAUUCCCCCCUCGGCCUGUCCCGCCCAUUCCACUUCCGUAACCGCCAAGCACACCUCAGACUCGACCACUGCCACAACCCAAACCGAGAACUGGGUCUACCCCUCUCCGUCCUCCUUCUACUCCGCUCUGCAACGCAAAGCCCGCCCCGUGAACGCCAGUGACAUGCCGAUCGUCGUCCCCAUCCACAACGCCGUCAAUGAAAAAGUAUGGCAGGACGUAUUGGAUUGGGAACGAUUAGCUUUGGGUAAAGCGAACGGAGAAGAGGUGGGGAGCAAAUUGGUCAGCUUUGUGGGGAAGCCGAAGGAUUUGAGUCCGAGGGCGAGGUGGAAGAGUUUGAUUGGGUCAGUUGGGGUUUGUACCUUCGCAAAGGGGUUCAUCCUGGAAUUACGAAGCUGAUACUCGUGUACUAUGUCUACCAGCUACGCCCCGCCCUUCGAUCGCCACGAUUGGAUAGUCGAUAGACCCCUACCCUCCACACCCGAAAACCCUUCCCCCGGUUCAAUACGCGUACGCUACGUUAUCGAUUUUUACUCUGGCCGAGGUGCACACCUCCUCGAGAAUGGUUCAUCAUCGGCAAAGUCAAGAACGGACAUGUUCACGCGCCCGUCAUUGGCCUUUUUUAUUGAUUGUCGACCGGCUUUGGAUGGGUGGGAAGGCGUGAGGAUGAGGAUCGAUAAAGUGCGAGAGAACUGGUUGGGUAAUUCGAGGAAGGCUACGAGUGCGGAGGGCAAAGGGGAUGGAGCAUCUUCAUAG